AUGGCCGUGUUUGACAUCAUUGGAAAUAGGGAGGUACAACCUAAGACUAGCCAGAACAAAUAUGAUGAUCUUGGAUGGCGAAUCACAGACAAAGAUUUGGAACAUGUUACCCCUACAGUUAUGCUUACUCUUGAAAAAGGCACAUUUACCUCAGAUGAAAAUGUUUUACUCCCAACUAAUGCCUAUGAUUCUAAUACUACAACCCUGAAUCCAGGUAUUCUAGAUGAAAAUAGUCUCCCCAUAGGAACUUUCAUGAUGAUGAAGCAUGUUGCUAGGGAAGGGCUUUUUGAUUACUCGGAGCACAAUCUACCUUCUAUGAAUAUUGGUCCUGUAUCCAAAGACUUGGCAGAAAAGGCCAAAAAGGCAAAAGGAGUGACUCUUAAAAGAUCCUCGGUAAUGAAAUGUCCAACAACUCAGUCCUUACAAGACAAAAAGGAGAGACUACGACAAAGCAAAGUGCGAAGGGAAACCAACAAAGUUAUUGCCCUUUCAUCAGAAAUGAACAUGUGCCAGGCUUUAGUCAAUGCAGAAUGCAAGAAACGGAAGAUUAAUAAAGCCAGAGGUAUUUCAAAUGCUUUGUUUUACAUUCUGAAACAAUAUGGUGCCAUGAUCCAAGAAAAUGUGAUGAUAGAUAUAUCAGAUGUCCCGGCCUAUAUAAGUGCCAAUGCCAGAUUUGUAACCUGUGAAUUUGCAGGUGUCAAGUUUAAACUAAAUCCUGAAACGGGAAUGGACUACCUGAGGAGAGUAAAAUCAUCAAUUAUAGACAAUCUUCGUCGACAGUUCCCAUCAAUGAACCAUCUGGUUAUCUGUGAAGAGAAAUACUCAUUCACACCAGAUGGAUUUAAGGCACAAACACGUGAUCAGAGGAAGAAGCUGAAACAGCAUAGUGUUUCUCAUUUAAAACAGCAAAAUGAAAUGCUGACCUUGAAAAAGUACAAUAAAGAAAUGCUGAUUCAAACUGAAGUUGGAAAAAGGGCUAUUAGUGUCUUUUUAGCUGAACACAUCAAACAGAUAUCAAUUAAAACAGACCUCACAAUUGACAUUGAUAGUGAACUGCAUAAGGCUGGAUGUGCUUGUCAAGAAGACAAUCAUCAUGGAAACUGCCCAUUCCUCUAUGCCAUCCCGAUACGUGCAGUUUACUCAAAAGAAACUGGAAUCCCUAAUAUCCAACAGCUUCCCAUCCGUCAGCAAAAAGGAGAAGGCGAAAUGUCUCAAGUUGACUGGUUGGUAGAAAAUCAGGAUGUUUUUAAAGACGGGGAUUGUGCUGUGUCCUAUGUCACAUCAGGAGACAUCGAUUCCAUUAUAAUUCACUUAUUUGUUUUGUCCAAAAUGUGGCCCAGAGAUACAACAGGUCAGACAUUCACUACCCCAGUUUAUGUCUGUCUACAGAAAAAAGAACAGAAACUUGAUAUCUAUAACAUCACUAAGAUUAUAGAAGAAAUUGAAGCACACCAUGGUCGUUUUGCAUGUAUCCAGCUUGUAAUUUACCUUUCGAUAGGAGGGAAUGAUUUUAUCCCAAGUUUGUUUGGGCUUUCACAUCAAAAGAUCCUAAAGACUAUCUUAGACACCCAAGAUAUGUUUGCCAAUCUUGUUACUAUGAAUGACAACUGCUCAGAAAUAAAACUUAAUACUGAUUUGUAUCUCAAACUGAUGAAGGAUCUAUAUAGACCAAAAAAGAUGAAAAAAGAUGCCACUUAUGAGGAAAUCAGAGAAGCAAGCAAGACCUUGAAAAAUGGUAGAGUCAGAAGUCCUGAACAGUGGCUCCCACCUGAAUCAGACAUGAAAACAGUGGCUAGUGUAAUAGAACUACACAUAGAAUAUCUUUCUACUGCUGGGAUUCAUGGUGCCCAUCUACCUGAUUUCAUGUCUCGUGGUUGUUUAGUUACCUUAUCAAAUGGAAAAGUAGGAUACAAUUUUGGAACAGGCGGACAAAGUAAUCUAGUCAUGGAACCAGAUCAGUUACCUUCAGUCACUGUAACACCUAAGAAAGAAAAAAAAACGUUUGAGCAAAAAUACUCCUCAAAAAGGAAAAAGUAGAAAAAAGGCAAAACCUUGAGAAAGUUUUUAAUGAAAUGAGAAAUGGCCCACUUUAUUUUCUAUCUAUCAUUUUAUUGUUUCUGAAGUAAUAUUGGGUAUAACCACAAUGUAAUAUACACAAAUAUACCUGUAACGAUGAAAUGUGAGAUAGAUAAGAUUAUCAUAUUAUAUUGUUAAAAUAUAAUUAUUUGAUGAGAUCACAAAAGUCAUUUACAAAUUGUACAAUUAAAUUAUAAGCUGCAUAAUUAAGUGUUAUUGAUUUACAUAUGUAUGUGGAAUGUAUGAGUGAUUACAACUAUUCUAGCAUUUAUUGAAAACCCAAAACUAUAAUUGUUUUAAAACUAGCCCUGACAAAAUACAGGCUGUAUUUUCAAAACUGGUCUAGAUUUCUUAUAAAUUAUACAAAAUGCAUCAUAUUAGCAGAGUACUUCAAAUAUGAGAUAGUAACAGCAUAAUUAAUAUUCAAAGAACAAUGUUUGUUGCUAGAAUAUAGAACAAUAAAGCCUAUGAUCGAUGUUCUAAUUAUUUUUGAAUAAAAUGAUAAAUCAAACUAUGUUAUUUCAAACAUUUAUCAUCAUUGUCAUAUAGUUAUGGAUUCAUUCUGUUAAUUUGCAUGUAAG